UUUUUUAUCUACAGUCAAAUGACUCAGUCAAAUCCUACGGACAAGACCCAAGGGGUCAUAGAUGUUGAAGCAUUGAAGAAAGAAAUUCGUGAACAAAUUUUAUCCGAACUGAAGGAACAAAAACAGAACAAAAGCCAGAGAGACCAAAGAGAAAACUUAGUGAAAAACAACUAG